AUGCAAAAACAAGAAUUAGAACUAGAAAGGAAACGACGAUUCGCUGAGAUUGCAGAAAGGAAGGAAUUGCAAGAAAUGGAAGCUAAGUUAGCACAUGCUGAGCUCUUGGAACAAUUCGAAGUCGAUAGUGAUGAUCAGAUCUCCGAUGAUGGUAACAGAGAACUGAAUAUGACGAGUCAUGACCAUGAGGGAAAUGGACCUUAUGAUGAUGCGGAACGUCGAGAUGCGGAGCAACGUGAAGCGGAGCGUCGAGAUAUGGAACGUCGAGAUGCGGAACAACGUGAAGCGGAGCGGCGAGAUGCGGAGCGGCGAGAUGCGGAACGUCGAGAUGCGGAGCAACGUGAAGCGGAGCGUCGAGAUAUGGAACGUCAAGAUACGGAACAGCGUGAAGCAGAGUGGCGAGAUGCGCAAAGUCGAGAUACGGAGCGUCGAGAUGCGGAACGUCGAGAUGCGGAGCAACGUGAAGCGGAGCGGCGAGAUGCGGAACGUCGAGAUGCGGAGCGAGGAGAUGCGGAAC